AUGUGCAGCACGCCAUGGACAAUGACAAGGCUAGUGAGAUGGCGUGUGAAGGACUGGGCUUCAUGUUUCUUGGCUUGCAGGUUUUCUUUAGAUGAUGAAGCAGCUGAUAGAUGUUGUCCUGCAACCCCCCAACUGCCAAUAAGAAACAUGGUUUUCGAUAUGCAGGAUGACAGCAGAUGCAAUGAGACAAAUACGAAAAAGAUGUCAAGGCACAAAAAAUGCAGCCGAGAACGACGAUUAAGCCACAGUUCGAAACAGGUUAAAGGCACUUGCCCAGUUGAAAGUAGGAGUUCCAAUAACUCAAGAUGCAGGCCACAUUUUUCAGAUGAAGAAUUUAUAGUAUUCUGCUUUAAAGAAGAUGGAGCAUUCGACGUCGUGAAAAAUGGAAAACCGGAAGCCGCCAGUAGUAUAGACUGCACGUCAAGAAACUCACCAAGGCCUGUGAAUCGCAAGCUUAAUUAUGGCGAGGAUACAAAAAGAGCUGAAAGGUGUAGCAAUCAGGAGAGGUUGACUGGAAAAGCAUAUGAUAUUUACCCUACAACAAAUGAUGGAAAAUGUAUCAUCUUUGACCAAAAGGUAGAGGAAGAAGAGGAGAAUUACUUGGGUACAGAACCACCUCCUGGAAGCAUUGCUGAGGAUCGUAGGAUGGUGUCCGUUGAAUCAAGUGAUUCUAAUCAAUCCGACGGCAGCACAGGCUCUUUUGCUUUUCCAGUGUUGGGUUUGGAGUGGACGGGCAGUCCCGUGCAAAUGCCUAAGUCAGAAGCUCUGGAAUUAAGAAAGCACAAGGCUCGCUGUAUAGGCUUUCAGUUUCAGUGCUGUAGAUUCUGA